AUGACUUCCAUGGUGCUGCUCCUGCUUCAGACGCUGCUGCUGCUCCCGCUGGUGUCGGCCUCUCAUCACUUUGGGGGAACCGUGGGCUUCAGCUACAAAGGAACAAAUCCUGAUGGAUCCUUCAAGGUUUCCUUUCGUAACAAGGCCACCUAUGAUGGAUGUCAGUUUAGUCACUACUGGUCCUGCUCCAGAGGGAACUGUGGCUCCACCAACGGGGGGCAGAAAACUGUGAUUGACAGCAGUAGCAAUGCUCCCAUCUACAACAGCCAAUGGUGUGAAACGGAAACAGUGGAAACAAGAACUGUUGGGAGUGACAAACCAUUUGAACUGAGAGUUCCUGAAAACUGCCCGCGGUCAUACAAGCUGAUGGCCUUUGAUCCUGACGGUGACAGAGUCCGCUGUCGGUAUGGAAACUACAAUGACAGAGAGUGUGACGGAUGUGAUCAACCAUCAGGCUUUCACCUUGAUGAGGAUUCCUGCACGUUGCACUAUCAGCAGGGCAGUGCUGACCCCAGAGUCUAUGGCUUUGAGAUGGUGAGAACCACACUACCACCAUCCCCAACAUCAGCAGCAAGCCGUUGGAUGUGGCCAACAUCAACCACACCACCACCACCAACAACAACACAAACAACAACAUCACCAACGACAACAACAACACAAACAACAACAUCACCAACAACAAGCACAAGAUCCACCACAAGACAAAGCACAACUACCGCAGGACAUCCUCCGUACACCAACACUUCUCCUCUCAGUAAAUUGCCCCUCCAGUUCUCUUUACUUGUGGAUCCAGCAGUCCCUUCCUGUAAAGAAGGAGUCUACCUGCCAACGUUUGUGCAUCCAACCCCUGCAGAUGGAGCACGCAUUAAGGCAGAGGUCAACAAAGAGGUGGAGAUUAAAGUCAAGGCAGAAGCAACUCAUUCAGUAAUGCAAGACCUCAUCAUGAGUGGACCUUCAAACAUUAGCAUGCACAGGAGCACACACAAUGAGUUUGUCAUCCGGUGGACACCCAUGGCAGAUGACCUGGGAGAGCAUUACCCAAUCUGCUUUGCUGUGGAAUCAGCAACUGGGUCAGCUAUUAGCAGCUUUCAGACUGCCUCCUAUAAUCAUGUUCAUGCUACAGCCGUCUCACAGUCUGGUGUCUAUCAGACUGAGAUGAGGUGUGUUCUUGUGGACGUUGGAAAGGAGCAAAUCAAAGCCAACGUGGUCUGUGGUGAGUCCUCCAUGAGGGUGGAGAUCCCCAAAGAUUCCCUCACUGGACUUUUUGAAGACCAUCUGGAGCUGAGUGACCCCACCAACACUGUCUGCAGCCUGACCACUCACUCCAACAGCUCUCACGUCAUCGCCGACUUCCCCCUCAACGCCUGUGGCACUCAGAUCGAGGAGGAUGACGAGAACCUCUUCUUCAAGAAUGAGAUCACCACAGUGGACGACCCCAGUCAGCUGAUCACCAGGAAGCACCUCAUGGAGAUCAGCUUCUACUGCCAGUACGCCAAGAAAAGCAACAUGACUGUGGGUUUCACAGCUCACAGGAAGAACAUCACCGUGUGGGAGAGAGGCUUCGGCACCUUCACCUACCAGUUUGAGUUCUACCCAGACAGCCAGUACCAAGCCAUGAUUGACCCGAACUCCUACCCUCUGGAGUAUGAGCUAGGAAGCAAGAUCUACAUGGAGAUUGAAGCCUCCUCUUCACCCAACAACACUGAGAUGUUUGUGGAGUCCUGCAGAGCCUCACCCUAUGACAACCCCAACUACCACUCCACCUACACCAUCAUUGACAAUGGGUGCACAGUGGAUCCAACUGUUCAGAUUUACGCCCCCUCCAACCAGAAACAGUUCCGGUUCAGCGUGGAGGCCUUCAAGUUCAUUGGUUUGCAUGAUCAGGUGUACAUCAGCUGCUCAGUGAUGGUGUGUGAAGCAGGGAACCCCAACACCAGGUGCUCUCAGGGAUGCAUGAACUCCUCCAGUUCCAACGAUCAUCAUCACAUCCACAAGAGAGAGGCCGGCGUCCAGAGCGGAGCACACUUCAUUUCCCAGGGUCCUUUGCGACUGCACUCAGACAACAGUGUUUCAGGUAAGUACGGCAGUCCAGAAGAGGUUUCUGAGUCCGUCUGUGAGCCAGACGGAGUCAGCUCAGCCUGUCUUGUUUCCAGGGAUGAACCUGAACCUGGUCUUCAUGGCCGGAUGUCUUCUGGCUGCUGUGGGAAUGAUCUGUGGCACGGUCGUCUUCAGGACCAAAAUGGCCCAAGUCCAACCUCGACCUCCGUUCCCCCUUUGAAAGCUGUAAGGGAUUUGUUUUCAUGACUUUAUCUCAGGGUUACAGUGUCUGGGUUUGAGCUUGUGUGCAUUUAAACAGAUGUUUUUAACUUUUGAAAUCAUCUUUGCUGCUUGAAGCUGA